UCUGGCGGGGCCGUGACGCCCGCGGCGGCGGAGGGGCUCGGCCUGUUAGCCAGCUGGUGCCCUCUGGAAGGAAACCUGCUCACAGCUGAUAGGAUUGUUUUCUCCAGAGUCUGCUGCAGCCACACUUGGGAUGCGUACUGCAACAGAUUUGUGUCCUAUGUAGAAUGAUCUUCUGGAGGGUCCAAAGGAAAUAAAAUAUCAGAAACCCAAAAUCACAAGAAGUAGCUGCUGACAUAAAGAGAAGUGUACUAAGGACUAUUUAUUGAGAAAAAUUUUUUUAAGAUGUGGUGAAGAGCCUGUAUUUUCCCCUGAGUGGUAUUUAGUGCCUUAAAAAAUGGGGUUUGGCGGUGAUCUGAAGUAUUCUCAUGAUGCUUUAUUAAAACUGCAAGAUUGGGAACUGCGACUGCUGGAAACGGUGAAGAAAUUUAUGGUAAUGCGAGUAAAAAGUGAUAAAGAGUAUGCCUCCACUUUACAGAAUCUUUGUAAUCAAGUAGAUAAAGAGAGCACUUGUCAAUUGGAUUAUAUCAGCAAUGUGUCCAAGUCUUGGUUGCUUGUGGUACAGCAAACGGAGCAGCUGAGCAAAAUAAUGAAGACACAUGCAGAGGAUCUUAAUUCUGGGCCUUUACACAGGCUUACAAUGAUGAUCAAAGAUAAGCAGCAAGUUAAGAAGAGUUACAUAGGUGUUCAUCAACAAAUAGAAGCAGAGAUGUACAAGGUCACAAAAACAGAACUAGAGAAACUAAAAUCUAGCUAUAGACAACUAAUAAAAGAAGUAAAUUCUGCCAAAGAAAAGUACAAAGAAGCUGUGGCUAAAGUGAUGAAGACUUAAUAAAUUGAACAAACUAUGAGGAAAUGCUGAAUAGAAGAAAUGAGAAAUUGGAGGGUUGCCUCCAAAUCAGGGUUCAACAAAUUUUGCUCAAGAAUUCACUGUAAAUUGUGUGACAAUUUAUUCAGUGUUACACAUAAAAUACCCUGAAUAUACAUACUUACACUGGCUUGGUAUAUCGUUCUAAGGGUAGUCUUUUUUUUUCUGUUAUAACUAGGUUUUAAAAUGAUUUGCUUUAAUUUAAGAAGUGCUUAGUUCUUACAAAAACUCACUUAAGAAAAAAGUUAUGCUGGGGUCCCACUGGUAUCCUUCACUUAUCAGUCCGUGGAGGCAGAUUUAAGUAAAGCUUCAGGAUUCUUUAUCGUAAAAAUAUUUUAUUACUUUAGAAAAAUGUUGUCAGAGGAAGAGCUAUUUGAAAGCCUUGGUCAUCUCAUUCCUGAGUAUAAAAAAUGUGUUCAGUAGCAUAAUGCAAACAAAUAACACAAAGGAAUAUUCUAUUCCAGGUACAAUGAAAUCAUACUCUGUGAAAUGUGUAUCUCCAGUGUUGAAAUAAAUAAGGAAGUGAAUAUAUAGGAAAUUUGUUAUUGAUAAGCAAGUGUGGAGACAGCAAAAUAUUCAGAAAUUACCUCUUACUGAAGAUGCUGAAAAAAAUGUAGAUUAAAAAAUAAACACGAUUCUGGGAAAUUAUUUGAAAAAUUGCUGUCAUAAAUAUUGGAAAAUGUCUGAUAGAUUAGUAUAUACAGCUUUAUACUUCAGUGCUGAUAUUUCCAAAAAGAUUCUAAAGCAAACCAAAGAAGAAUUGUGUUUUCCUGUCCAAAACUUUAUACUGAAGAUUUUCUUAGAAAAUUGAUUCUUCAUUCCAGAAAAAAAAGAAAAGGAAAAAAACUCACAGAAGUCUGGAUACUCAUUUCUUUUUUUCCAUUUUAAAAUUUUCUCAAGUCAAAUGUUGUGAUAAUCUAGUGAGGUUAUAGUACUGAAAAUUGCAACUCUGAAGCCAAGUUUAUUGGCUUUUCCUGGGCCUGUGCCUAUCCUCUCUUUAAUCCUAACCAAUAAGCUCUGUCAGCUCCUCACCUAUCCCCUGGCACAACUCUACAUUCUCCAACUGCUCAUUCACAUAAAAAACAAGUCUUCUCCUUGUCUUCCUGUCCUAUUUUUCCCAAGAGCCUGUAUCUCUCCAUUGCAACGCUCAGUUAUGGGAGCCAUCCCAACCACGCCUUCAUGACCUUGACGAGAUCAUAGUUCUGCAAUUGCAGAGAGAUUUCUAACUCAUCAUGUUUAUUCACCAUUCUACAUGUGGUAUACAGGCACUUAAUCAUGUUAUCCAGGCAUGUUGAUGUCCUGGAGAGGAUUUGUGGAGGUUUUUCCACAGUGGUAGGAACCUUUUGCCCACAUGCAGGUAGUGAGGUGAUCCUACCCAAGCACCACUUUAUUCAUUUUGUGACCUCUAUUUGUCCCACAAUGCUAUGCCCUCUGCUCAGCAGUUUCAUCCAUUGCCCCCUCAGGACUAUGGGUCACCUCUCCCUCCCAUCUCAUUCCUAGUUUAAAGCCUUCCUCAUGAGGUCAGCCAUCUUAUUGGCAAAAAUAGUUUGACCAAGCAGACGCUGGUGUGCAAACAGAGUUCCGUGGUUGUACAGCCCCAAACACUGUCACCAACACCAGCUCUGCAGCUACUAAUUGAUCUAUAUUGUCACUGCUCUCCUCACACCCUUUCAUAUCACUGUCAGGACUGAGGAGACUGCCUGGGCUUGCAUGUCCUUGACGGCUGCCCCCAGAGCCUUGUAGUUAGUUCUGAUACCAUCAAGGUUUCACCCACCUAUACCAUUAGUAGUAUUAUAACAUUGCCUCUGCCAUUUUUCUCUAUAUUUACCCAUACUCUGAAGUUUGUAUGGGUUUACUUUUUGCACUUCCUUAGCUAGAAUUAUAUAUGCAAAUUAUUCAUGGAUGUUUUUAUCUUCUUGAGUUUUUCUGGGAUUGUUAGUCAUAGUUUUAUUUAUGUAUAAAUGUUUUCUUCUCCCCUAUUACUUGUGUUCAUCUUCAGAUUGCCCUUCUAAUUUUCAUUUCAUUUGUUAUGUAAUUCUUCUGCUUUUCUGUUUCCACCGUUCUGGCAUGUUUAAGGUUUCUCACUGUGCUUCUGAUGGGGUUAUAUAGUCCUCUAUUGUCAUGUCAGGUGUGUCUCUGCCUGUGAAACUAAAUUAAAUUCACUGUCAAAAAAUAGACUUUGGUAAUAAAAUUAUGUUCUCCUUUGUCAUAUGGACGUUGGCUUCAUUAGCAUUUCUUCAUGGAAGAGCAUUCACUGUGCACUGAAGCCAAAGGUCAUGUUUCAAUGCCAGGAGCUAACAAUUCAGAACAUUAAUUCAUCUGUUGUAAGCUAAGCCUUUGCAAUGAUCUGUAUUGCCUCUUAUGAACACUUUGUCAUCACUCUGAAUGAUGAAGGUCAUACCUAUCACUGUCACUCAUGUUGCCAAGAGCAAGAGACAAGUGGCAGUCCUUGAAAUAACAUAAUAUUGGACUACGGACGGCAUUUUCUGGUUUUUAUGAAAAAUGGCCAAGAAAUUACUGCUAAUUGUAGACAUUACAAAAUGAGCCUGAUGUAAUUGUUUUCACAAUCUAUUUAUAUUUCAAUUAUUCCGCCUCAAAAGCAAUUAUGAUAUUUGUUUUUUAAGAGCAAACACUUCAAAAUGCCAAAAGUUGAGUCAUCCAUGCUUAGUUGUUGGCAAAUUUUUAGCUUUCUGUAUUAUCUCAAGUUUGGUUUUUUUUUCCUUCCAGUCCUCAAACAUCCCAAGAAACAAAUAAAAUAAAAACAAAACAAACUUAAGAACAAAUAGCUUAAUAAGUGAAACUCCCAGGAGAUCUUCUCAAUGUUUUUUCUUGUCAUUAUUGCAAACAACAUUGAAAAGAAAAAAUAUAUUGUUUUCAGCUAAGAUUGUACCAAGUCUUGACUUGAGUCUUAAAUAUCACACUUACAGUAACCUUCAGGACGUGAAUCCUUGUCUUCUGUGAUUUAGUGGGUGCUUUAUGCUGUAUUCUACAGAGUCAGAAUUUUACUGUUGGAAUAAAACAUCAAAAUCUAUAAUGCAAAUUUGAAGACCUCAUAAGUGUUUAAUUUUAUUAAGAUUAGUGAUAACUGUUAGAAGAGGUGUGGUUAGUAGGUCAAGAGAGGUUCUCCUCCCACUCUGCUCUGCCCUCGUGAGACCACAUCUGGAAUACUGUGUCCAGUUCUGCGCCCCUCAGUUCAAGGACAGGGAGCUGCUGGAGAGGGUUCAGCGCAGGGCCACCAUGAUGAUGAAGGGAGUGGGGAAUCUCUCUUAUGAUGAAAGGCUGAGGGCGCUGGGGCUCUUUAGCUUGGGGAAGGGGAGACUGAGGGGGUGACCUCAUUAAUGUUUACAAAUACGUAAAGAGUAGGUGUCAGGAGGAUGGAACCUGACUGUUCUCAAUGUCCAGUGAUAGGAGAAGGGACAACGGGUACAAGCUGGAACACAAGAUGUUCCAAAGAAUUGUAAGGAAAAAUUUCUUCACUGAGAAGGUGACAGAGCACUGGAACAGGCUGCCCAGAUGUGUUGUUGAGUCUCCUUCUCUGGGGACAUUCAAAACUCACCCGGAUGAGUUCCUGUGUGACCUGCUUCAGGUGGUCCUGCGGGGGGGAUUGGACUGCAUGAUCUUUUGAGGUCUCUUCCAGCCCUUAAGCUUCUGUGAUUAUUUGAACUAGAUGUAGUGAGUGCAUAAGGGAAUAUGAGCCUUGACCAACCAGAAAAAGUUUUAAGGGGGUAAAAACCAAAAUUAAUCCUUCUUUGCAGUAUUUGUUUUCUGAACGUUGGAUUGUUUGGGCCAUUUGCACUGUACAUUGAUGCUUAUUUAAAAAAAAAAAGAUGAAGAUUAUAAACUAAAAUUUUUCUCACUUGGUCGUGUUCUGUCCAAUUUCUGUUCUUCCAUUCUAAGGAGGUAGUGGGCUAGAAGAGAUUAGCAGAAUUAU